UUUCUGUCCUCGUAUAUAAGGAGCAACCUCCGCAGCGGCCGCUGGACACACAUCGCUAUUGGCCGGCGGAGGAGCGGAAACCCUAGCCGUAAACUGCAACCAUGGUGAAUGUUCCAAAGACAAAGAAGACCUAUUGUAAGAACAAGGCAUGCAGGAAGCAUACUCUGCAUAAGGUUACCCAAUACAAGAAGGGGAAAGAUAGUCUUUCCGUUCAAGGGAAGCGUCGCUACGACAGGAAACAGUCAGGUUAUGGUGGACAGACAAAACCUGUUUUCCACAAGAAGGCAAAAACGACAAAGAAAAUUGUGUUGAAGCUGCAAUGCCAGAGUUGCAAGCAUUACUCACAGCAUCCCAUAAAGAGAUGCAAACAUUUUGAGAUUGGUGGAGACAAAAAGGGCAAGGGUACGUCCCUCUUCUGAUCUGCUGCAUUUCACCUUAGAAACUUGUAAUGUUCUAGAAACGAGCAGCGAGAGUAGCUCUGAAUGCUGUUGGAUUUCUGUCAUCUGAGGAAGGAUGGAUGCUGCUGUUUAACAUUUGCACGAUCCAUUUAUUUCUUUGACUUCUCUCCUUGAGAUGUUGCAGUAUCUUUGUGUAA